GCUCGCGCACACAGCUGCCCGGGACGGGACGCUGUGCAGAAAGCGACCGUCCAGAACGCAGCGCCGCGGCAGCCCAGAGGGCUCUCCGACCUGUCGGGGAUAUUACCGCUCCGACACGGGGCCGUCUCGGACUGAACCAGCGAAAGGAAGAUGUCGGCGGUGUACAAAGACGACCAAGAGGACUGGCUGACAGUUUGUUUGAAGUAUUUGCUCUUUGUCUUCAACUUCCUUUUCUGGGUGGGUGGGGCGGCGGUUCUGGGUGUAGGGGUGUGGACCCUGGUGGAGAAGAGCGACUAUCUGAGCCUUCUUGCCUCCAACACCUUUGCCAUCUCGGCGUACAUCCUCAUCCUGGCCGGUGGCCUGGUGGUGGUCACCGGGUUUCUGGGCUGCUGCGCCGUCAUCAGGGAGCAGAGGAGCUGCCUAUCCACGUAUUUUUCCUGCCUGCUGCUGAUUUUCCUGAUAGAGCUCGUGGCUGGAGUCCUGGCCUACGUCUAUUACCAGAGGCUGAGCGAGGAGCUAAAGCAACAUUUGAACCAGACUAUGACAGAGAAUUACGCCCAGCCGGGGAAGGAGGCGAUCACACUCGCCGUGGACAAACUACAGCAAGACUUCAAAUGCUGUGGCAGUAACAACUCGCAGGAUUGGCUGCAGAGUGUGUACAUUUCAUCGGCGCAGGCAGAGAGGAGGGUUGUUCCAGACAGCUGUUGUAAGACCAUCACCCCUCAGUGCGGCAGGAGAGACCACCCCUCCAACAUCUACAAGGUGGAAGGUGGCUGCAUCACCAGACUGGAGCAGUUCCUGGCAGACCACUUGUUGGUCAUUGGUGCCGUGGGGAUAGGAGUGGCCUGUCUACAGCUGGCAGGCGCGGUCCUGACGGCCUGCUUUAUCUAUCUGCUGUAUAAAGAAGAGGUGGAGGAGUUUGGUACACUGUGAUUAGCGUGAAUCCCACUUUGUGGACUUAAUCAACUGGAAGGGACAAGAUCUGUGGAAUGGUGUUCACCUGCUGCUUGUACAGGAGGAUCAAGAUGGAGCCUUACUGAGUGCGCCGAUGAAUACUGUACGCACCACUUCCGACAAGUGGAGGGAGCCAUGACCUGCUGAUAAACCUAAAAUAGGCUGCUGAACCAUGAACUCUCACCCUGGUGAACAAAAAAAAAAAAUACAAAUCACGAUUGCAGGCACGAUCCACAUCCCCCACGCUGCAGUCAGAAGCCCUUGGUAUUGAUGACGAGUGAGCCCGAUGUUACAUCUGUAUGUUAUUUGAUGCAGUCAAGUUUUUGAAACUCUUUUCCAGGCUUUUGAAGCUACAAUCCUGAAGUCACAGUCCGUUUUUCUUUAAUCUACUGACACGUAUGGUGAUACUGGUAACUGCAGUGGUGUUUCGCCACUGCAUCCAAGAGCUCCAUCGGAAAUGAAGCAGUCGCCAUGGCGACUGCAGUGAUUGUCGAUUGCCGAACAAGAACGCCUAGUUGAACCCGAGUUUUAUCUAUUGAGGUUGAAGCAUUUGUUGAUAAAGGUCAUCCGCGAGCCUAGCCGGACACAUCUGCUGAUCUGUCGCAACAAAUUUGCUGCAUUUUUUUCUUCUGUGUUUGGGUGCUAUGGUGAAGAUGUUAGAGGCUACGCAGUGUCAUGUUUCCCUGUAAGGUCCCCCCCCCCCAGACAGUAACUAUUAAAACUGGCAAUGAAAGCGCUUACUUACUCUAAAAGGAGAGUUGUUCACAUGUAAAGCUUCAGGCUUGUAAAGCUUUGGUAACAGAAUAUGAUGCGGGUGCAUGGGAACAUGCUGCACCUUGGCCUGGUGACUUUGGCUUGGAUGCAUGUGUACCAUCAAGUUUAAGCAGGACAGACGAGAGAUACUCUCACAUUGCAUUCAUUUUGUUGAACAGUGUAAGUUGAUUUAUGGAAGUGUUAUAUAAUAUGAUAUAUCACUUAACACAUUCAUGUAACAGUGGUCUAGUUUCUGUCAUUCCACUUAAGGCGGCUGAGCAAGGGCACUGUGUAAAGUGAUGUUUUUGUUGUGUUUGUUUUUGUCUAUGAAUGAGUUAUAAUUUAUGAUUGUGUCUUUGUAAUAGGUGCGCCUCCAUCAAACGAGUAAAUGUUACCUUGUUCUAAAAUUAAUUUUAAUCCUUUCAUGAGAAGCUUACGGUGUACCAUGCUGUAAGUCACAGUAAGGGAGGUGGCAAAUGAAAUGAAAGAAAUAUCUUUAUAUUUGUACCUAAAGUCUAUUUUGUUGAAAUUGGCAUGUUCAGUAUUGAGAGUCUGAGGUAGAGCAGCUCAGUAUGUAACAAAAUCUAGAAUUAACAUCCAUAUUGGUUACCAGUUAGUGGUUUAUCUCAGUGCAAACUGUGACUACUGAUCUUAGUACUUCUCAGUCAAACAAACUUUAACAUAUUCCCUUAAAACAGGUUUUUCUUAUUUACUUUUUUUGACAGUAUAGGAAAUCAACAGUUGUUAUUCAGAGGUUCCCAAAGAAACAGAAUAAGUAAAAAAAAGAAAGAAAGAAAAACUGGCACUCACCUUUUGAAAUGAUUGGCAUUGAACCCAAUAGCCCUCAUUGCAAAAAUGUCUCUGAGAUACCUGAAUGCAGCGCUCCACCUAGUGGUUGUUAUUGAUAGCUCACCUGAGAAAUAUAAUUGUGCAGUUGUACUAGGUAAAAUGUUAUAUAUAUAUAUAUCUUGUUAGUUCGACAUCUGUGUUAUCUGAACCAACAGACGACAGUUGUUUGGAUCGGAUGUGUUGCCGUCGGUGAUAGAAUGAGAGAGAAAAAAAAUUAAUUUGUGUUUGAGAAAAUUACCAAACACUUCAAACUGUGCCUGAUUCAACACACACAAACACACACAUAUACUAAUCUUUAUAUUUAUGUACUCAUUCCUAACUGCCUUAUUGGUAAUAAUGAAUAAUGUCUUUAAAAUAGUUGGAACAAUUGUGGCUGAAACUGGUGAUGUGAAAGUGGCAUGUGCUGUGACUACUGACUGAUCUGGUAAGAAUGGUAAUAUGAAACCAUGUUCUUAAUAAAGAUUGAAAAAUCUAUGCAACCAUAAAUGCUGUGUUAACUGAUGACGUCUCAUGUGGACAGGCAUGCACAUAUCCCCAGGACUUCCAUAUGGCCGCAUGAAACCAGUGCUCUGGCUGGUUCAAGCAUGUCGUGUGGGGGAUGUGGAUAAGUGCUACAAAAUUUUACUCUUACAGUUGUUUUGGCCUUCUAUGGUAUUAAACUAUUGAUGGA